GCCGUGCGCGCGCCCUCGCCUGAGGAGAUGGAGGAAGAGGCGAUCGCCGGCGUCCCGGGAGAGGAGACGGAGGACAUGGACUUUCUGUCUGGGCUGGAACUGGCCGAUCUGCUGGACCCUCGGCAGCCGGACUGGCACUUGGAGCCCGGACUCAGCUCGCCAGGGCCUCUCUCCUCGUCCGGCGGCGGCUCGGAUAGCGGCGGCCUUUGGCGAGGGGACGACGACGAUGAGGCCGCGGCGGCUGAGAUGCAGCGCUUUUCCGACCUGCUGCAGAGGCUGUUAAACGGUAUCGGAGGCUGCGGCGGAGGCAGUGACAGUGGCAUCGGGGAAAAGAGGCGAAGGAAGUCCCCUGGAGGAGGCAGCGGUGGCGGCAGCGGCAACGACAACAAUCAGGCGGCGACAAAGAGUCCCCGGAAGGCAGCGGCGGCCGCAGCGCGUCUCAAUCGGCUAAAGAAGAAGGAGUACGUGAUGGGGCUGGAGAGUCGAGUCCGGGGACUGGCAGCCGAGAACCAGGAGCUGCGGGCCGAGAAUCGGGAGCUGGGCAGGCGCGUCCAGGCGUUGCAGGAAGAGAGUCGCUACCUACGGGCAGUCCUAGCCAACGAGACUGGACUGGCUCGCCUGCUGAGCCGGCUGAGCGGCGUGGGACUGCGGCUGACCACCUCGCUCUUCAGAGACUCGCCCGCCGGGGACCAUGACUACGCCCUGCCUGUAGGAAAGCAGCAGCAGCAGGACCUGCUGGAAGAGGACGACUCGGCAGGAGGAGUGUGUCUUCAUGUGGACAAGGAUAAGGUGUCGGUGGAGUUCUGCUCGGCGUGCGCUCGGAAGGCGUCGUCGUCUCUUAAAAUGUAGGGUCAAGUAAUCUGCUCUUUAUCCGCGUUUACCCCUUUCAACUCCCUUACACCAUGUAAAACACUUUAGUGGGACAUCUUCACUGGACACAUUUCAGAGGAGGAAAAAAUUUCUUUUUUAGGUGAUUUCCUUCCUGCCAGGCUCCGUUGUAGGGGUUACAGAACAGUCGUUCCCGCCUCACAACCUGGUAAGGAUCCAUCUCUUCACGUAACGCUCAUGCUCUGCUGCUUAGUCUACUUUAAUGGGCAACAUCUCAAUUUGUGUGUGUGUGUGAUUUUUUUUUUUUAUUCUUUUUUGAAACGUGGGAGGGGAAUCUAAUUUGGGCCCUGUCCACCCUGGAAACAGACUUGUGCUGGUCAACGAUGUAUUUAAGAUGCUUCUUCUGGUUGAAAUAGCUGUUAAUGUGUCCCCUUGUUCAGACUUGCGUGUACCUAGCUCUUCUGUACCCAGUGUGGACAUGGCCUUGGAUGACAUCGGUUCCAACUGUACACUGAAACCUGCUUAUAGCGAUACAGUUUGGAGACAGUGAAACAGGUGAAGUUGAAUGGAAGUUCCGAGUUGUACAAGGUGCAAAUUGGAAUUCCAAUUUUAGAGCAACUUUUCAGAGGUUGACAAUAAGUAUUUGAGGCAUGCAAAAUGUAACUUACUUUGCUGGAGAUGAGAGAAAUCUCUUAAAUAUUCGAAAAUGCUUUUUAGUUUUCAGUAGAAAAUACAAAAGUACAGUCUCUUCAGAAUAACAGAUUUUAAUCUCACCAUUAGAGAAGUUGCAAAUUUACCUAUCAGAUUCUCCUGUGUUUUAGUUAAUUGAAGGAAGAAUAAGAAUGGCUAAUGAAGUGUUUCCUUGAGGACCAGCACAGUGAUUACCGUAUCACUGAAUAUAAAUUGUUGAACACCUUUAUUUUUGUUGUAUUUUAGGUUAAAUUUAUGUAUGUAUGAUUAGAUACUGAAGGUUGUGAAAUGUGAAUGAAAACGUGUAAAGUGAGGCUUCACAAAGAAUCUUACUCCAUAUUUUAAAAGUAUUUUCCCUUUUUAAAAAUAAAUUUUUUAAGUGGUUCUGGCCACUUAAUGUAAUACUGAUGUUAUUUUUCCAAAAAUGGGAAAAAAAAAGUCUUCCCUUGCAGUACUUUAAUCUGUUGUCCACUUGUAUAAAUUAUGCUGUCCUUCAUUAUAAAGGGCAUUAAGAAAUUCUUUGUGAAACAUCACUGUUUGAUAAAGUACAUACGUAUUUAGCAUCCUUGUUUUUCUUUGUGCUAAAGUGGAUACAGCUGUUGGGGCAGAAGAGACGGGACCAGCUGCUGGCCACAUUUCCUGCUUUAUUUUAAAAGGUAGUAUAAGAAAUGAGGAAAAAGAGGUAAUGUCAGGGCUUCUGCUGUCUUUUAUUUUCAAAAUGUUCGUAAUUGAAAAAUAUUUUCCAGCAGUCCAAAGAUCUAAGUUAUCUUACACAUAAGAUGUUUUAUUUUGUUAUUGUUUGGUUAUGGAAAUGGAAUCCGUGUUCUUGCACAACUGUAAAUGUUUUGUUGCUAGAUAAUAUGAUUUGAGACCUAAAUUGGUCUCUGGUUUCCAGUGCAUCACAGCAUAUUUUGUGAAAUCACCUACUGCACUUGAGCAUGAAUGGGUAAUAGCCAAACUCACAACCUGGAGUGACGAACUUGCUUUUACCUAAGGGCAGGAGCAAGCCCCUCACAAUGCAGCUGCAUGGAUUUUUAGUGCCUACUGAAUUAUAUAUAUAUAUAUAUAUA